GGGCGGACUGCCUAUUCUGCUGGUGGGACGGUUCUCUUCAAGCCCGUACAGAUAAACUUAUGUUUCAUAUUACUUCUAUUAGUCAGAGCAGACAGUUUGGAGUGGCCAAAAAUAAUCUCGGACACCUCCGUAUUUUCAAAAGGAGCAGGAGAGUCGGGUACUAAGAUGCUCGUAUAUAGUAAGUACUGUAGAUUGCUAGAUAAGGCACAGUGAAUGGAGCAGGACCGGGGAUGGAAUAAGACAGAUGGGAGAGGCAGAAAAGGGAGGGAUAGUAUUAUGAAGUCUGUCCUUGAGAUCGCAGGACAGAGACAUCAAUGAAGACAGGGACAGAAAGGCAAACUUUAAAGUGUUUUUAGGCAAUGCAUGAUUCGGUUUGGAUCUAGGGCAUCUAUCUAGCAUGCUUUCCAGCAAACUAACGUUACGCGGCAACCAAGGAAAGCGCGAAAAGGAAAGCGUUCACUGUGAUCAGAGAGGAGUAACGUACGCAUCUCUUAUUAUCAUCUGUCCUAUGUGAACUGACUCAUAAACUAAGAGUUUCGAGAAGAGAAAUUCAUCAGGGAACAGGAAAGCUUGUGAACUUUUCUGGAGCCCACGGCUAAUUGUUAGAAAUGAAACAGCCCAUCCUGUUACACUUGCCUGGACUCUUAGACUGGACUCCGACCUCAGACAUCUCCUUGCGCAAAAACCACAACAUCUACAUCACAUCUCUGAACUAAAGUGACAUUCGGUCCUGGAAUUGAUCAAGUUGUAGAAACGGAAUUUAAAGAUGCCGCAAGAUAUUUAAGCCUCAAACCUUUGUGCAAACCAUAAAACAUUUCCAUUGACUUUGGAUGAUGAAAUGGAUUUCACAAUCUGAACCCUUUCCAUGCAGAUAUUGCUAAUCGCUGUGGCACCUUUUGCCUUUAUCUCAUACCCAUGGACCCAUCCAGUGUCAUGCUCUCACAGGCGAUCCUGCUCUUACAGUGCAUUAUUCUGACUCUGGGCCAGUACGAUAUCUGUAAGUCACUGGUCAGCACAGAUGAUGGACCAACAUGGGAGAAUUAUGCUUGCCAACCCAAACCCAUGUCCAUGAAGGAGUACAUGCAGAUCCGAGUGGAGCCACCUGAUAUCACAUGUGGGAACCCACCAGAGAGAUUCUGUACUCUGGAAAACCCAUACCUGUGUAGUGAUGAAUGCGAUGCCUCCACCAAAGAACUCGCCCAUCCUCCAGAACUGAUGCAAGAUCGGGAACGAACCGGACUCAUCACAUACUGGCAGACGGUGACAUGGAGUCGUUUUCCGGACCCUCUCCUUGCCAACAUAUCCUUAUCCUGGAACAAAAUCCUCGAGUUAACCGACGACAUCCAGAUAACCUUUGAAUACGGGCGGCCCACAAUAUUGGUGCUUGAUAAGUCACUGAAUUAUGGGCGAACCUGGCAGCCUUACCAGUAUUAUGCCGACGACUGUAUGGACGCUUUCGGGAUGUUGCCAAAAAGGGUUCAGGAUUUGACGGCCACUAACGUGACAAGGGUUAUGUGUACCGAGCAAUACUCUCGUUGGGUCGGUUCUAAGAAUGAAAAGAACGUGCGGUUCGAGGUCCGGGAACGCUUUGCCAUAUUCGCAGGGGCCAAAUUACAAAAUAUGGACAACCUGUACACGCGCAUGGAGAGUAUGAAAGGCCUACGGGACUUUUUCACCUUUACAAACCUGCGUCUGCGGCUGCUUAGACCAGCGCUCGGGGGAACAUACGUGCAGAGAGAUAACCUGCUCAAGUACUUCUACGCCAUCUCCAAUAUCGAAAUACCAGCAAGAUGUAAGUGUAACCUACACGCCGGCCAGUGCUCCCUCCGUGACGGGACCCUUCAGUGCGACUGCGAGCACAACACGACAGGACAAGACUGUUCAGCCUGCGAGAAGGGUUUUAAAGCCAAGUCCUGGAAGCCUGGAUCCUAUCUGCCCACCCCGAACGGAUCACCAAAUAUUUGUGAAGCGUCAGGGACGUCAGGCAACUGCGAGUGCAACGGUCACUCAAAUCGCUGCAGUUAUAUUGAUUUCAUCAACAUUGUGACUUGUGUGAGCUGCAAACACAACACUAGAGGGCAGAACUGUCAGCACUGUCGCCUCGGAUACUUCCGGAACGCUUCUGCCGAGCUGGACGAUGAAAAUGUUUGUAUAGAGUGUAACUGUAACCAGCUGGGCUCCUUGCACGCCCGCUGUAAUGACACUGGUUUCUGUCAGUGUCGAGAUGGCACCGUGGGACAGAAGUGUGACGACUGUCUAUCCGGUUAUACCUGGAAGCAAGGCUGCGUGCCAAACGUGUGUGACGACGAGUUUCUCCUGUGUCAGAACGGCGGCUCCUGCAUCCAGAACCAGAAGUGUGUGUGUCCGCCCAACUUUAAGGGUGUCUUGUGCGAGCAGCCGCGCUGUCAGGGCGAGAAAGGGUGCGAUGGUGCAUCGACCUGCUACCUCAGCACCCUGACGCUGAUGCUCUGCCUUCUAGCCAACAGCCUGCUUAAAGCCAGCGCCUAGAAACCCAUCCUAGUCCUGAUAUCGAUCCUAAUCUACGCAGGCCAAAGGGCUGAACCCUGCGAAUAGAGAGAAAGAGAGAGAGGCCUGAAUCCCGUACAGACCAGGCCUCGCAGUGUUGAAACUUGGAAAGGUCUUCUUGGAGAGGUCAAAACGCCUUCACUGGAUGAGUGUCUAUGUGCUCAUCACCUCGCAUCACUGAUCGCCUGAACUUUUAUACCAAAUAAACAAGGAAUCACGUUCAGUUUCAACUCAUUCUACAUGAACUCAAAAGGACAGAUAUAUACAGUAGAUGAGGUUACGUUUCUGUUGCAUUUUUUCACUUUUCUGUAGUUUUGACGCUCACCGAGAUACAAGCACUGCACUUAGCCAGCUUGUUUUAUUAAUGAACAAUGGUCGAUAUCAUUACUUAUGCCAAGUUAAUAUUCAUCUCUCCAAGACUCGUUUUUUACAUUUAACUUUCAUUGCUGCAUUUUUUUUUUCUUGAAUUUUAUUGUCAAAUGCCAUUGAGGUUAUUGAAAGUAGAUGAAACGAUAGCUGUUGUGUGAGAUUACAUUAUGCUGGAAUGUAGAGAAAGGCAAGUUUUUAAUAGUUACAUUAAACAAAUAUAUAUAAAUUUAUCUAUCUAUCUAAAAGGAAAUAUGAAUUAUUGUACAUUAUAAUUAUUAUUUAAAUAUUUUUUGUAGAAAUUGUUAUUUUUGUUCCAAGUAAAUGUUACCAUUGUAAAGACAUUGCAGCUUUUAUUGCAGUGUAUAUGGUAGUCAUACCACGGUAAAAUUAUAUUUGAUGAUACAGCAUCUCCAUUCAUGCCAUAAAUAAAGCAUAAACAAAUACAUGACAUGCACAGCUUAAGAUCUAUGUAACCACAUGCCAUCUUGAUACUGGCAUGUGUUUAUCUGUACAUCUUUUUCAUUUACUGAAGCAAACUUUUGGGAUUGCUUAUUUAAGGGAUAGUUUACCCAAAAAUGAAAAUUCUGCCAUCAUUUAGUAACCAUUGAUGUCCAUAGUAGGAAAAACAAAUACGAUGGAAUUCAAUGGGUACCGUCAACUGUGUGCAUAGUUACCAUCAUUUAUCAAAAUAUCUUCUUUUGUGUUCAUUAAAAUAAAAAUCUCAUACAGGUUUAGAACAACAUGGGGAUGAGAAAAUUAUGACAGAAUUUUCAUUUUUGGGUGAACUAUCCCUUAACACACUCCUAUAAUGAUGACAGUAUUGAUAAUAUGUGUAUUUCUAAAGCACAAUGUCCCACAAACGCAAAACAACAUCUUUCUUAGGAGAAAAGGCACUGGUUAUUCAGGUGACUCACUUUAAAGUUAACACACAUCACAUAUCAUAAGCAAUCGGGUUAAUUUUCCAAUAAUUGCUAUUUUUUUCUCUUGUGUGAGUCUCAGAGAAUGCCAAAAUCUUAGCGGCUCAUGAGCUUUUUGAUGCAUUUCAUAUUUCCACUUGCUUUACAUUCAUAAUGAGCCAGGGUAAAUACAAUACUAUGAAUAAAUAU